GGGGUCGCAAUUUUAGUUCCUCAUCUGCUCCACCUCCCACUCCCACUGCUUCCAAUGAGUACAACAGAUGAUCCACCGAGAUGAUCUAAACCAGAAAACAGCAAAAUCACAUCGACCAAAUUUGUGCUUCCUUCUCUGAUCCGUCCUUCCCACUGUCACUCACUGCCGAUUUAGGGUUCGCCCACCUCCACCGUCAUAUCGAUAUCCCUUAUGUUGCUCCCAAUAACUCAAUGGCGAGUUUCAAGCUGCAAAAAACUCAUCCUAUAGCGUCCGACUUCAAUUCCAUCACCUACGACUACAAAAAGAAACGAGACAGAUCAGUAGAGACUCAUAAAAAUGUUUUUUGUAGAGAUGCAGAAACUAUUAAUAAGAUUGACCAGAUAAUACAAGUAUUUGAAGCUUCAGUUUUCGAAAGGAUGCAUUUUGGUGGAUGAAAAUGACAACGUUCUUACCAAAUGACAACGUUCUCUUUUGUGAAUUAGCGGAUUUACUUUUUAUAAAUGUUCUUUUGAAAACAAAACAUUAAAAAUGCAGGAAAUAGUAAUGUACUUUUACUUUUUUGAGUACAUUGAAAAUCUAUUUUAUAUCAUUGUACACACAUUGACUUUCAUAAAUAAAAAAUCGUUUUUUUUCCCUUCGUACAUUAUAAAUACGUCAUCUACAAUUUGACUUCUAUGAGAUCAAUAAGCAAACAAGUAAGUUUUUUAAUAAAAUGCCUUAAGGGGCAUUUUGACGCUUUGUUUGGAUCAUAGGGAGUAGUUUGGUUAUAAUGAAAGUACCUUCAAAGAAAAAAACCAAUAGCAAGCUUUACAGCUUUCAUGAUAAUAACCAAUUUUUUCUUUUUACAUCACCAUUUCAAUAGGAGGUUGAACCUGCUCAAGCUGAAGCCACGUCUCCUCUAUAUUAUCAUUCUCAAAUGCGUCAAUGGGACAUGAAUAUACCGGCUAUAACAAAGUUAUCUAUUUCAACAAACAAAACAUUAGGAAUGGUAUUAAGUGAAAUCCCAAUAUGUUUUCUGUAUUUUAUGGUGUUUUUGUGUUUACCAUCGACAGUUUAUAACACACACUCAUGAUUAACAUAUAUUGUUGUAGUUGGACAAAAAUACCUCUGCAAGUGACUCACCUACUUCGCUAUUUAUGUGUAUGUGCAUGUAUGUAUGUGAUUUUUGUGUAUGACAAUUGUUGGAGC